AUGGUGAUCGAAACUACUCCGAAUGCGGCAGGCAAAGAGGCCGACCGCGACAUGCGCAUCACUUUCGAUGACGCAGGUGACGCUCAAGCCUUUCCUGGCCGAGCGAAAGAUGCGGAUUCUCGGUCGCUGUCGCGAAGACGCACCUCCACCUCUUCCAGAGUUGACCCUCCUUCGACCUCGCAUGCGGGCGUUCAUAUUGAAUACCGAACACUCUCUAUCAAUAUCGACGAGUCUCGCGAUGUCGAAACAGUCAUUUUGGCAGACACGAAGGCUGCCAGAACGGAUAGCCAAGACUACUUCGCAAGCCUUAGCUUCCACAAACUCAACGUCGAUCAGAUCUGCCAACAGCUCAACGUCGCCAAAGACAAAGGCUUGCCAGACAGUAUCGUGGCGAUCAGACUUCGUCGAGAUGGCAAAAACAGGCUCGCCAAGCCUAAGGCCAACUACUGGAAGAAGAUACUCGGUUAUGUCUUCGGCGUCUUCUGCUCUGUCCUCUGGGUUGGCGUUGUCAUCUUCUUCAUCUGCUGGAAGCCCUUGAGCGAGCCGCCAUCCGCCACUAACCUUGCCCUCGCCAUCUUGGUCAUCGUUGUCAUCCUGCUUCAGGCUGGUUUCUCGGCGUUCCAGGACUGGUCUACCCAGCUGACCAUGAAAUCGAUUACCGAUCUCCUGCCUGCCGAGGCUCUUGCCCUCCGCGACAGCAAACUGCAAAAACUACCGGCUACAGAGCUCGUCAGUGGCGACAUUGUUCAUAUCCAUGUUGGAGACAAGGUUCCAGCUGACCUUCGCCUGUUGAGUCACUCCGGUGAUAUCAGGUUUGAUCGCGCUGUCUUGACUGGUGAAUCGGACGAGAUCGAAGGUGCGGUUGAAAUGACUGACCAUAAUUUCCUGGAAAGCCGCAACAUCGCCUUGAUGGGGACUCUUGUCGUAAACGGUAGCGGCGUUGGCAUCGUUGUUCUGACAGGAGCCCGAUCCGUUAUGGGGCGCAUCGCCAAGGCUACAGCUUCUGCAGAGGAGCGUGCAACAUUGAUUCAGAAGGAGAUCUGGCGGUUCGUCCGCAUCAUCAUAUGUCUGACCAUCGUGCUUGCCUUGCUUAUCCUCUUCACCUGGCUCGGUUGGCUGAGGCGAGAUCACUUCGCCUAUAUGAACGUUGUUGCGAUGCUCAACAACGUCAUGGGUUGUGUCGUUGCCUUCAUCCCGGAAGGUAUCCCCGUCACCGUGGCCUUAACACUCAUGAUGGUGGCACGCCGCAUGAAAGCCGUCGACAUUUUACCCAAAGGAAUUUCGACUGUCGAAACCCUCGGCUGCGUCAGCGUUAUUUGCUCUGACAAGACGGGCACGUUGACGCAGAACCAGAUGCAUGUCAACUCGGCUUCGUUCAUCGACGAGAAGGUUACAUUGCCCGAAUUCCAACACAACCUGGACAGCGAAAAGACAGAGGCGUGUGUCCUGAAACUGCAUCAAGCUGCAUUACUGUGCAACGAUGCGACGUUUGAUCCAGCCUCCAUGCACCUCCUUCCUGUCGCCAACCGUGAGGUUCAAGGCAGUGCGACGGACGCUGCGAUCCUUAAGUUCGCCUCAACAUCAAAGAGGCGCGAGAAGGAAGAGACGAAGCUGCCUAGGGUGUUCCAGAUCCCGUUCAACUCGAAGAACAAGUGGAUGCUUACUAUGCACCGCCAAUUCGAGACCUACAAGACUGCAACGGAGUACCGUGUGUUUGUCAAAGGCGCUCCGGAUGUCCUUUUGCCGGCUUGCACCAAGUAUUGGUCGCGAAAGUUGAACGCGGUUGAAGUCCUGGAUGCUACGGUCAAGUCUGCUUUCAAGCAUUACCACGACACACUUUCCAAGAACGCGGAGCGCGUGAUCAUUCUUUGCGAGAAGUCUAUCAGCCCGGUUCACCCGCUGAACACGAAUGCCUUCAGCGACGAAGUUGUAGAGAACGCCAUAAGUGACCUCACCGUGGUUGGUAUUCUCGGAAUCAUCAACCCACCCCGACCUGAGACCGCUACAACAGUCGCCGAGUGCCGUCGUGCCGGCGCAAGGUUUUUCAUGGUCACUGGCGAUUAUGGCCUCACAGCGGCAGCCAUCGCUCGCGACACAGGAAUCUUUACGGGAGAGGGCGAACCAGAUAUGAUCGAGAAAAUCAGGUCAAAGCAGGGGUUGCGAGUCCAAGACCUACGUACUGCACGAGCAAACGGUGAGCGACACAGUCUGUUGCUCGAAGGCCAGUCGUUGGGGACCCUCAUGCUUGAGGAUUGGGAUCUUGUAUGUGAAUACGGCGAGAUCGUCUUUGCGCGGACCACUCCGGAGCAGAAGCUGCGCAUAGUGAAAGAGUUCCGCAAACGAGAUAAUAUUGUCGCCGUUACUGGCGAUGGCGUCAACGAUGCACCCGCGCUGCGCGCUGCGGACGUGGGUGCUGCGGUGGUCACUGGCAGUGACGUGGCCAUUGAUGCGGCGGAUCUUGUCCUACUGGACAAGUUCGACUCCAUCAUUGAAGCCAUCCGCCUGGGUCGCCUUGUCUUUCAGAAUUUGCAGAAGGUCAUUGCGUACCUGCUGCCCGCCGGAAGUUGGUCCGAGAUCUGGCCUGUCAUGCUGAACGUCUUCUUCGGGGUGCCUCUGCCGCUGAGCUCGUUCCUCAUGAUCAUUAUAUGUGUCUUCACUGAUCUUUUCUACUCUCUGUCUUUGAUCAUGGAAAAGGAGGAAUUCAACCUUCUCUCACUGCCACCUCGCAACCAUAAACGCAACCAUCUCAUUACCGUUAAGAUUUACAUCCAGGCCUACUUAUUCAUGGGAACAAUGGAGGCUUGCAUUGCGCAUGCCAUGUUUUUCUUGUACUACUGGAAAGAGGCAGGCAUCCCGAUCCAGCGGCUCUUCUUUUUGUUUGAAGGAUACGCGGACGGAUUCCACGGAUAUACAGAGAACCAGCUGACGCAGUUCAAGGCCACCCACCGGGCAGCAGAUCCUGUGACCAAGAAGAGGCGGAAUCCCUGGCUGCUGCUUAGUAUACUCAUCAGUUUUGUGAUUGCCAUCUUUGUUACAGAGGUUCCAGGCAUUCAGAAUUUGUUUGGCACGGCGUCGGUCCCGAUCGAGUUCUGGAUCAUCCCGAUCCCACUGGCGCUUGGAAUUCUUUGCAUGGAUGAGAUCCGCAAGCUAAUAGUUCGCCUAUUUCCGGAGGGGCUCGUGGCUAAGAUUGCUUGGUUUGCCAAACUCAAACUCAAACUCAAGUCCCAGUUCUCGCGUCAUAUGUUUCUUAGUUAUCUAGUGCCAGAGGCUUCCCCGGCCUCUCCGAUUCUCUUCCUGCUCUACACAGCGCCUAUCUACUCUGUGGGGGAGCCGAACUCACGCUUCGGCUACGCAGAUGACGUGGCCACCCUGAGCGGGGGCCGGUUCGUACAGGACAUGGGCGCCAGGGCCAUACGCGCCGCGGGCGAGCUCAUCCAGUGGGGAGCCGAUAAUGGCAUAGUGUUUGACCCAGGCAAGACAGAAGUCAUCCACUUCACAAGUCCUAGGUACAAGGAAGAUCUGCUGGUCCCUCGCCUCCCGGCAGGCUGGCAAACCACUCAAUCCUGGCAACCGGUUCCUCAAUUCAGUUGA